AUGGGGAUAUAUUCAACAAUUUGUUUAGCUACUGUUUUGCGUGCUGUAGUGUAUGGGCAGAGUUGUACCAGAAACAUAGUGCCAGACCUAAGCUUCAAAUUAACGGGCAGUGAUGUCGCUUUUCCGUGUGACAGUACCAAAAACAUUUAUAAAACAACAGGUCGUUACGUCCCCAAAAACAUAAUAGCCACGAGAAUGCAGAUUUACAAAGACCAAGCUAUCAUCGCUUUACCCAGGUAUAAACACGGAGUACCUUUUACCUUGGCGACGUUUUCUUUGAAAUCUAAAGGUUGCAAAGCCACCCUAAAACCAUUCCCAUGCUGGGACAUCCAAGAAGAAGGUAACUGCGAUGCUUUACAAAACGCCGCAGAUAUUUGCAUUGACCCACUGGAUAACAUUUGGGUUCUGGAUAUCGGUUUAGUGAACACAUUGGAGCAACCUGUACGUCGCUGUCCACCGAAGAUUGUAGGAAUCGACUUGAAGACCGGUUUGGUGGUCAAAGUAAUCAACCUUGAUUCUUUCGUGACACCAGAGAGUCGUCUUCAGUACUUAAUAGCUGAUUACUCUAAGGAUGGUCGUCCAUAUGCUUACGUCGCCGAUGGUGGAGCAGGAGCUAUCAUCGUGUUCGACAUAACAGCUGGUACAGGGUACAGAGUGGUGCUACCAAAAGCUGCUGGAGGUGGUCUCACAGAAUCUUGCUCCAAAGACGUGUUGUACAUUCAGCUUAUAAGGAAGCCAUCAGGCAACAACCUCUACUUUACCUACCUGUCAAAUCCGAGGUUAUUCUCCAUCAAAACUGAGUACCUGCAAAGUGGUAAAGCCUCUGGUGCUGUUAUCGACGUCGGAGCUAAGCCUCUGUGCCAGAAAAUCGUACUGUUGGGUACUGAUAAUGGAGCUGGUAUCUUCUUCCGGUACAAAGGAGAGUCAGAUAUUUUUAUAUGGAACAGUGAGACUAGCUUCAAGCAAGACAACUUCAUCCUGGUACAGAAAGGCGACGAUUGCAGACUGGCUACUGAGGUUGUUGCUGGAUAUAGGAAGCUUAUGUGGGCCAUUGAGAGUAAUUUCCACGAUUACAUUCUUAAUACUAGUGGAUGUCUUGGACCCUCGAUGGCUGUCCACCCUCUUAUCAAAACUUGCGAUUAG